AUGAAGCAGCGAUAGAAAUCUCAUACUUAUCUAUACAAACAAAUUUGUAAACAUUUGAAUGUACCUUGUUCAUUUGGAUUACUUAAUGGGAUUUAAGAGACAGAAAUAGUUUUAAUUUUAGAACAAAUUGGGUUAUAGGGUAUGAAAAUGAAAAAUUAAUAGAUAUUGAACCUCUUUAAUUAUUGUUAGCUUAAUGUAAAUUUAAAUCAAUCAUACUGAAAAGUAUGUAGAAGAACUUAAAACUAAACAAAUCUAUGGCUCAUGAUAAUUAUAAAAAUGAAUUGCUAGAGAUUUUAAGAGCCAUUACUAAGUUAUUCACAAAAAGUUUAGAUGUGAUAACAUUUGUAAUUCGAGACAUUAGAAUGAGUAGUGAACAUAUGCAAAUAAUUUCUUAAGGCAUAGCAGUAGUUUAGUCUUUAAAAGAGCUACGGAUUAUAUAGUGUCUGAUGACCUCAAAUCAUUUCAGCAUACUAUAACCAUCUUUAAUUUAGAAUUCAUCUCUUCAUAUUGUAGAUUUUUCCCAUAAUUAUCUAACACAUCAAAUUGGAGUAAUGUUAGGAUAAUUACUAUAAGAACAUAGUAAGAGAAGGGAUAGUGUAGAUUAUUUGUAUAGAACUAAAGGUGAAUGUCCAGAAGAAGACAUAUCUAAGAUUGGAAUAGGUGAAUUAGAUUUAUCAUACAAUAAAUUAAAUGAUUAAUUUGUUAAAGAUGUUGUACCUUAUUUGGAAAGAGAUAGAUGGAUAAAAUCCAUAAAUUUGAAAUAUAAUGCUAUUUAAAAAGAGGGAUUUGAACUCUUAAUACAAUUACUUGAUAAAAAUACUACAAUUACUAGUUUAGAUACUCGAAGAAAUUUAGGAACUACUCAAUAAUUCUAGAAGGAGAUUCUUAGAAAACUUAUUAGAAAUAAAAAUACUAAGAAUGAUUUACAUGAAUAAAGAAUAGAAGAGGAAAAUGAGAAUAUUUUAGUUAAUGUUUCUGCCAUUCCAUAAAAUCUAUUAUCUGUAAUAUCUGAUUAAGAAAGUCCAGUUAUGUCAUUUGGAGUUUUUGAACCCAAUAAUCAAACCAAAUAAAUGUCUAUCUCAGGAAGACAAGAUUAAUUAAAAUUUAAAUCUGGUUAUAAAAAUAAUGAUUCUGGAUGUAUGGAUUGUAUUAGAUUACAAAUAAAAGUAAAAAAAUAAUAAUAAAUUAUUUAAUUACUUAAAUAAGAAGUAUAAUAUCUUAGAUUUCAAUUAUAAACUAAACAAUAAUAACCUUAAUAGUAAUAAUAAUAAUAACAAUAAUAAUAAUAAUAGACUAUGAAUUUCUUAAAUUUAUCAGAUAAUAACAAUUAACAUCCACCACAACAUGAAGUAGAAUAGGAAGAUAUGUUAAAUAGAAUAGAAUAUAUGAUGAAUGAAUUAACUAGAAUGAUGGAUGGUUUAGAUGCUUAAGGAAGUGUAACAAAUAAUUUGAAUGCUCAUCUUUCAAGUACACUUAUUGGAUAAGAUUAUACAAGAGUAAUUUGUGAAAGAGAUGAUAGAGCUAAUGAUUUUAUGAAUAUAUUGGGAGAAAAUAGCCAAAACAAUUCAUCAGAAUCUUCAGAAGAUGAAGCAAAAUCAUAAUGA